AUGGCUAAAUUAAAUUGUAAUUUAGAAGUUUCUUUUCAUCAGUGCCAAGAGACUGAUAUAAAUUAUUAUUAUCCUCCGAAUUCACCUAUUCUGACACAAAAGCUGGAUAUUCCGCAAACUCCAGACCAUAUUACUAAAAAAGUAACUAUUACACCAGAAAUAAUAAGGCCAUAUCCAAAAGCUGCACCCCGAAAGACAACACGGCAUGGACGACAACCUGGAAAAACAAAAAUUAUAACAAAAACUCGUGAAAAAAUUACAGAUGAUGAUUCAAAUGAAAUUCUUAAGAAAACAACAACUAAGAUAAAAGGUGACAAGUCCUCAAAAACUAAAGUUAAGAAGAAUAUUAAAAGAGGAAAGAAGGUAGACACAAAAAAGCAAAGAGGCAAGUUUUACAAGAAAAGAACAAUGACACAGAUUGUGAAGAUGAUUUUAAAGCAGAUUAACAAAAUGAAAGAAAAACUAUAG